GCUGAACUGAGCCAACUUCCACCAAUUAUAUUUAAAGUGCGUUCGAGUACCGAUAAGAUUAAUCGCAUUUGCCGCUCACCUUGUGAUAAAAUCUAUAAAUUCUCCUUGCUGUUAAUCUUAUCUUAGAGCGCGACAUGCUCAAGUGCAGCCACUGAACAGACAAACUAUUUGCAAACACAAAGAAAAGAAAACAAAUAUUCAAUAUGCCAGAGUUGAGGCGGAAGGAUCCGCCAUCGGAGCUCUACCUUUGUGGCCUGGGCAAUUGGCAUCCAGCUUGGCUGCAGAAAUAUGCCACAACCAAGACCUUCAUCGCUGUUUAUGGAUUGUUGGGCACCAUCCAAGCCAUGUCCUACAUGUACUUCAUGGUGACGCUGACCACCUUGGAGAGGCGCUUCAAGAUAACCAGCCAGACAACAGGCAUUGUUCUAAGUGGCAAUGAGAUAUCACAGAUAUUGUUGUCGCUGAUCUUGUCCUACAUCGGCGGACAACGCAAUCGCCCCCGCUGGAUAGCUUGGGGCAUUGCCAUCUGUGGCCUGUCCUGCUUUAUUCUGGUGCUGCCGCAUUUUAUCUACGGCGCAGGCGAAGAGGUCCUGAUGUUGACCAAAGAGUAUCAAGAUGCACUACAGAAUGCAACGACCUACAACUUUACACUGGCCAAGGACAACGCUCUCAGGAGUCAAGCGGGACAACUGUGCGGCAUGGAAAACACGCAACCAGAUUGCGACACGCUCUUCAACUAUGUGCCCCUCGUGCUGAUCUUCUGCUCCCAGUUUGUGCUGGGCAUUGGCAACACAAUGUACUAUGCUCUGGGUCAGACCUACUUGGAUGACAACACUAAACGGACGAAUACCCCACUCAUGUUGUCCAUUGCGAUGGCUUUGCGCAUGAUUGGACCCGCAGUUGGUUUUCUUAUUGGCUUUUUGUCACUCAACACUUUUAUUGAUCCCACUAAAACACCGCUGAUCGACGACAAGGAUCCACGCUGGCUGGGCGCCUGGUGGCUUGGCUGGGUUAUCCUGGGCACAUUGAUGUGCCUGCUCUCCGGUUUGAUUGCACUCUUCCCCAAACAGCUGCCCAAACAAAACACUGAUGCCGAGAAACACAAUUCACACUUGCCGCACGUUCUGCGCACUGAAGAACUUAGACGUGAGGAGGGUCUCUCACUGACCAGUCGCUCCUCAUCGAAUGCUGCACUGGAUCACGUUGUUGCUGGCGCCAACGCGGAGCUGCCCAAGCUAAAGGACUUUCCACGUGCCCUGAUGCGUUUGCUGCGCAACAAGCUGCUCAUGUUCAACAUCAUUGCUGGCGUCUUCUUCAUUCUGAGCGCCUCUGGCUUCAUGACUUUCCUCAGCAAGUACAUGGAGGUGAUGUUCCACAAGUCGGCUCAAAAAGCCACCAUUAUUGUGGGUCCCGCUUCGAUUCUGGGCAUGGUGGUUGGUGUCAUCACCUCGGGUCUGGUGCUGACCAAGAAGAAGCCGGCGGUCAGCAAAGUGCUGAUGUGGAACAUUUUCGUGGGCUUGAUUUACAUUUGCGGUCAAAUUGCGUACGCUUUCCUCUAUUGUCCCGACUCUGUGUCCAUAGCUCAUGUGGGCAAAUUCAACUUGACCACCAACUGCAAUGCAAAUUGCGGCUGCGAAGGCGUCGCCUACUCACCGGUUUGCCACGUGGAGAGCGACACCACCUACUUCUCGGCCUGCCAUGCCGGCUGCAGCAACUGGGAUUCCGAGACGAAGGUCUACGACAAUUGCACCUGCCUCACCGAAUCGUUGACUGUGCUCCCAAAGUUUGUAACCGCUGAGCGUCUGGUGCAAGGCUUCGAUACAACACCCAUACCAGAUGAUAGACUCGACUUUGGCAGUGGCAGCAGACCGUUGAUAGCUGGCGAGAAUCUCGAUCUUAGUGACGUGCCUUUGCUUGACGAUGAUUAUUCUGCAAACUUUGACGAUGAUUUGCUGUCGAGAAGUAAACGUGCCAUAGCCAAACUCGUCCUGGAGCCGGGUGUUUGCAUGAAGGGCUGCAACACUGCAUUCUGGACGUUCUCGCUCACCUCGAUGAUCAUCAAUUGGAUCGGCUGCUCUGGUCGCAUUGGCACCAUCUUGGUCAACUAUCGUGCCGUGUCCACGGAGGACAAAUCGUUUGCUCAGGGUCUGGCAUUGAUGAUGAUCAGUUUGUUUGCUCUCAUUCCGGGUCCCAUUAUCUUUGGCCGCAUCAUUGACUCCACUUGCCUGGUGUGGACCCAGACUUGCAAUGGCACUGGCAACUGUCAGCUUCAUGACCAAACCAGAUUCCGUUACUCGGUGAACUUUGUGUCCGUCUUUCUCACCUUCAUGGGCGUGUUCUUUGAUUGGCUGGUGUGGUAUUAUGGCCGGGAUCUGGAUCUCUAUGGAGACAAGGAGACGAAGCGCAUCGAGGAAGCCAACAGACAUGAUCAGCCCAUUACGCCGCUGUUGGCCAGGAAGACAGAGAAUGCGGAUCGCAAAUACUCAAUUUCCUAG